AUGGCACCUACCUACACGGUGGACUUUAAACAAGCAACAGUCGCUCAAGUUCAAGCCGGCAGUACAGUGGUUGACGUCGCCGCUGUUACUGGCGUUCAUGAGAGAACCAUUCGGAAGUGGCUACAGGCACUAGCGGAGGGAAAGUCACUGAAAGCCGGACGGCCUGGGCCCAAAACGUUCUUACCGAAAGCAGCAGAAGACCAUCUAUACGACUGGGUGGUAGGACGACAGCUCAUUGGCCACCCAGUCGAGCGGGCCGUGAUCAUACGAAAGGCGCAGGAAGUGGGUUUGCUGGGCUGCGGCGAACGUGUGGGCCAAUCCGGCAGCGUUACCCCCACCCUGCCGGGCGGUUUUACAUCACACAGGAGGUCUUGGCUUCAGCAAAAAGUGGGAGUCGCUAGCCAUGACGCAUGAGCAGCCGUACGAGGUUCUCCGGGUGGCAGCGAGCUCUGGGGACUCGAGCAGGGCCGGCGCCCCGCUCGACAUUUCGAGCGCUGUCUGUGUCCGCGUGCUUCUGGAAAUACAGUCCUUUCCAAAAUGGCAUCACCUCUCAAACCUAGUAACCUAUGAUAAUGACUUAAGUACGACCGAUAUGCACCGUUCUAGUAGGC